AUGUGGGGAUACGCCGCCGUUCUGCCUGUCAUCUCAGCCCUAGUAUGGCUUUCCAUGCUGCUCGGGAUGCUCCUCUGGUGGGUGACCUCGGGGUCGCCCCUUCUCCCCAGCAUGGUAGACGACCAGAAUCAAACCAUCGCCUACAUCAGCGACGUUGGUGCUUUCACUCUCAAACCCUUGUUCAUCAGCAUGUCUUCGGUUAUGGUCGUAACACUGAAUGCCUCAUUCCUGGUGGAACGAUAUUUACGGCACAGCGGACUUCUGGCUGCCAACACUUCGAGGGUUCAAAAAGGGCUCAGCAUUGGCUCCAUCAUCUUUUCCACGAUCGGAGGUGCUGGCAUCAUUCUGCUGUCCAUCUUCGAUACCUAUCGGCAUAAUACCCUGCACAACGUCUUCCUCCUGUGCUUCAUCGGCGGUUACGUUGUCAGCGCGAUCUUGGUUUGCGCCGAGUACCAGCGCCUGGGAAUUCAUUACCGGCAGCACCGCAUCCUGCGCAUUUCCUUCUGGGUGAAGCUGUUCUUCAUCAUCGUUGAGUGCCUUCUGGCCAUUGCCUUUGUGAGCACCAACUGGACCAGUCACUACAACGUCGCCGCCGUAUUUGAAUGGAUCGUGGCUUUCAUCUUCACGUUGUACGCCCUCAGCUUCGCGCUGGACCUGCUACCUGCCGUGCAAACGGCACGACACGUCCCACAGGGCUUGAAGGAUGCCGAGAAGAAUCUGCAGAAUGGUGGCGAUCAGAUGGGGCGACCAGAGGGAUCCGUCAAUGAGUUUGGUAUGGCCUCUGUUGAGCAGCCGCAGCGAGCGCAGCAGUCGAGAUUGUCGAGAUUUAUCUCGUGGUGA